AGGACGGACAAAGAUGGCGGCGGCGCCGGCGGCAGCAACAGCGGGCGAGGCGGCGGGGCGACCGCGGAAAGGCGGCCGGGGCCCCGCAGGGUUGCAGGGGCUCUGCCUGCCGCCGCCGCCGCUUCUCCUGCUGCUGCUGCUUCCGCUUCCGGGGUCCCGGGCCGAGCAGAUGGAGGAGCACCUGAAGCGGGAGCAUUCCCUCACCAAGCCUUACCAGGGUGUAGGAUCAGCCAGCUCCUCUCUCUGGGAACUUAUGGGCAAUGCAAUGGUGAUGACCCAGUUUGUUCGUCUCACUCCAGAUAUUCAGAGCAAGCAGGGCGCUCUCUGGAACAGGGUGCCUUGUUACUUGAGAGACUGGGAGAUGCAGGUACACUUCAAAAUCCACGGGCAAGGAAAGAAGAAUCUGAAUGGAGAUGGCUUUGCAAUCUGGUACACAAAGGACCGAAUGCAGCCAGGGCCUGUCUUCGGGAGCAAGGAUAACUUUCUAGGGCUGGGAGUGUUUGUAGACACCUACCCAAACGAGGAAAAGCAGCAGGAGGCCCAGAAGAAGAGGUAUUCCUCAGGAAACCAGCGGGUGUUCCCAUACGUCUCUGCCAUGGUGAGCAAUGGGUCCCUCGCCUAUGACCAUGACAGAGAUGGCAGACCCACUGAACUUGGUGGAUGCACAGCAAUGGUGCGCAACUUGAACCACGACACAUUCCUGGUGAUCCGCUAUGUGAAGAGGAGGCUUACGGUCUUGCUUGAUAUCGAUGGCAAGCAUGAAUGGAGAGACUGCAUUGACAUCCCAGGAGUACACUUGCCACGCGGCUACUACUUUGGGGUCUCUUCUGUCACCGGGGACCUGUCGGAUAACCAUGACAUCAUUUCCCUGAAGCUGUACCAACUGACUGUUCAACGGACACUGGAGGAGGACAAGCGGGACAAAGAAGUCUUCCUACCUGUGGUGGACAACAUGAAACUGCCUGGAAUAGAGACUCCAAUGGAACCAAUGAGUGGCCUUGCUCUCUUCUUGAUAGUCUUCUUCUCGUUGGUUGCCCUUGUGUUUGCCAUCGUCAUUGGAAUUAUAGUCUACAACAAAUGGCAGGAACAGAGCCGGAAACACUUUUACUGAUUUGGAGGCGUCCUCCUCUGCCUUCUGGAGGGCCAUUGGUUUUGGUGGCAUGGGUGGUUGCCUAUGCAGGCACUAGUUUCCAGAAGCCCUGCUGUGAGGACUCCUGUCCAUCUGGAUCUUAUACUUCUAACGGCAGCCUUUGGAUUGGGGGUGGGCCCCCAAUGAUGGAGGCAGCCAUAUCUCUCUGCUCUACUUUGACUGCUUUGAACUGUGAGUUUUCAACACUGGCAUUUCUACGAGACUUGAUGCAUUAUAGACAUAUCCUUGAUCAUGCAAUGUGAAGUGAACAUUCAUCACAUCGCUGUAUGUAGAUGGGAGAGACGUUUAGCCCAUGAGAUCUGGAUUUGGUCACCUCUGCUGUUCCUUGUGGAGACUGGUUGGAAACCAGAGUAGUGGAGUGGGUGUUGAAAUGUCGGUAUGUUGAUCAAGCUGAGUUUGGCAGAAGUUGUAUUCCAACUCUUGUCAGCCUCAGCCAGAAUUGACAGUGGUUGGGGAUGGGAGUUGUAGCCCAGCAGUAUAUGGAGGGCCACAGGUUAGCUAACCUUGUUUUACGGGGAUGCCUUAACUAGCAUGUAGAUCAGUCUUGGGCAACCUAGUACCCUCCAGUUUUGGUCUACGGCUCCCAUCAGCCCCAACCAGCUAGCUUGGCAAGGGAAGCAGGGAAACUUGUAUCUAUAAGAAACCAAGGUAUCCUUACCUUAUGACCCACAAAUAUACCUUUACUAUUAUUUUUCCUCUAGUUUACAAAGACACCACCCUGCAGAAUAAACAAAUGUGAAUGCCCUCCCUCCUAAAAUAAAUGGCAGCCUGCCUUAUAAUCCUGUCCCUCCCACUACAAAUUGAGACCUUCUGGCUUUCCUAACUGGACAAACUGCUGUAUGUUUUUAAUCAGGUGCUACAAAGCAGUUGACUCCUACAGCAACUAAAAGGUAGCCACUAUGUGUUCAUUCCUCUUUCCGAAGCUGGGAGCCUCCCCUGGUUGCUCUGCCUCUGCUAAUGGAGAUUGGGUGGGGGAAAUCCCUUUGUUUUUAAUACUAGCUGGCCCAUUGACAGGAACUCAGAUGAGGGGCCUCCCUUGCCAGUCAUCCUCUUGAGCUAGCCAGCCAUGUGAUGGAAAGGACAGGGUGCCUUUUCUUCCUAGGUCCCACCAGAAGCCUGUGGCUGGUGGUUCCAGAGAUCAGUACUGGUAGCAGUGGCAGACUUUAGGCUAACAUUUCAGAGGCACUCUGUGCAAUGCCAAAAUUUGGUACCCCCCACCUCUCGCCUUCUGUUGUUCCUCAUUGCUGAAGCACCCCCUGUGGAGUCCCCUCAGCAGGCGAACCAGCUGCGUUCCCCUAAAUCCGCCUCUCCUAGUAGCCUCACUUCCCUGAAAGUCAUCUUUGCCUGCUGUUAAGUUCCUGAGCGCACAACUGAUCUGCACAGCAAUGGGGAAGGCAGUGUACUAUGCCAGAGCACCUAGAAGUUAAUGUGAAAACUGAAAAGUAGAAAGGAUGGUGGGUGGGGAUUUUUUUUUUAAGGGCAAAUUACUGUUUUAGACAAAAUGCUGCUGACAUUUAUUGCUGCUAUUACCUCCUUUAUAUAUACCGUAUGUAAGCCGACUCUUCCCAAUUCUCUGGGGACUCUUACCUCCAUCGCUCUCCAGCACUGAACACGCUCCAUACAACUCAGAAGUCCCCUCUUUCCUCCCUACUGAUGGGCUCCCCCCCCCUUUAAUGGUCAGAUUGGUGCCAUCAUUUUAACCUUUGCCAUGGUUCACCAGGGCAGGAGGAAAGGCCCGUUGGCAUCAGGACCAUUUUUCACCUGAAAACUGAUGCUUGAAGGCUUUCUUAUUUACAGUGAAUUUGGUUGCCUGACCUGACCUCUGACCCCACUAAGGCAGAGGUGCCUUACCUUGGGGUGUGCAUGGGUGGAAGGGGGGAGGGGUGCAUCUGCUUGCACAAAUGUCUUUAUAGAAAUGAGCUGUGCUUUUCCUGUGAAGUGGGGAGAGCCUGGUCACUGUCACACUGCACAUAUUUUCAUCUUUGAAUUCCUUCCAACUUCUAAAGUUUUAUAAUGACAUUUAAUGACUUUGGUGUGUUGGAACUAGGGUUGUGCUAAAUAUUCUUCAUUUCAGCUUUGAGAGAGCAAGGAAAGGCAGAAAGAAAAAUGUUUCCCUAAACCUGUUAAUGGUCAUCUUGUCUUUAGCAUGUUACUUUUCUUCCUUAGUUACCAUUUUUUUAAAAGCUGGCUCUGUGAUCUCUUUUCUCAAGGAUUGCCAGGCAAUCAAGGAUCAUGUAAUGGACCUUGUGAUGGCCAAAUCUGAAGGGUGGCGUCUGUCUUACUGAGAGCAAAGAAAUUCAAUUGAGAGGGAGGGCUGGACUUCCGGAUCUGGCCAUGUGGGAUACAAACUACUUUCCUUGCACUCAGGUGGACCAUGAGGAGGGAGGAUUUGCUUUUCAAUGCUGCUGAAAACAACCACAAAUCCUGCCUUUGCUCUUUUGGCUCAACCCUAGUUCGAAAGGAACUUUAAAAUGCUUUGACAUUUGUCCAGAUCAUAAUUCACUACACCUGGGUUGUUGUUUUUUAACACAUUUAAAAUGGAAUGUGAAAAGUUAUGAGCCAGCUGCUUGGAAGAUCCCAAGACGGAGUCAAAUAAGCCAAAAUCUCCGAAAAGGCCAAUGCUUAAAAAGAAAAGCUCAGGAUUUUGAGAGAGCCUAAGUGUCUAAAUGGUUUGCAUGUUACCUCAUCCCAAUUUAGUUAACAAAUUAUAUUGUUUUUCAGGAGCCUUUUCUAUUUAGCGAUAAACAUGGGCUUGUCUCUAUCUCUGAUGCAAUUGACCUUUUGUAUUAUUUGCAAUAAAUAUUAUGUUCAUAAACUUGUCCUAGUUAAAGGGGAAACAGGAGAGACCUCAUACCUCCAGGAGAGCCUUAAAGAAAAAAAUCCUGUGCCCUGCCCUGAAUAAUUGUGGUGGGGUGGAGGCACAUAGUGACCUUGCCCCCCAAUUUCUCUGCCCCAUGUUGUCUGCAGUGAUCCUGGGCUAGAUUGCUCUUUUGACCCCAUCCCACUUGUCCUACCCGCAGGGAACACUUAUCAUGAGGGAGCCUUUGAGGGCAGAAGUGUUGAUUCUGCCGAGUGAAGAGUUUGACUUCCUUGUAAAAAUGGAUCCUUUGCGGGAAGAAGAAACCACAUUUUUGGGGGGAGGGGGGAGUCUAGUUACAAGGAUGAUUUUGAGAGUUGCUGUGCUAAGAAGCAUGAUCUCGUAAUAAGUUUUUUUUAAAAAAACAAAACCCAAAAACUUCCAUUGUUUUAACAGCCUUCAGAGCUGGGAUAUGAACUACAAAUAUUCCCUAGCUCAUAAAUGAUUGGUAAAGUUGCUCAAAAGCAACUAGUGGAUUUUUGAGAACCGGCUUGAGGAACUUGCAGGGAGCUUGUGUUCUUCUCAUUGGGGAUGUGUUUUAAAUCUUGCUACUAUCUCUGUCAAAAGCUGCUUUUCAGAAACAGGCUGUAAUGUUAGGUUCCUUCAUAUAAACAAGUAAAUGUAUUUCUUAUUGUUUAGGGAGGCACUUGGUGGUGGUCACAUGAGACAACAGCAUUCUGUAUUGGCCUGGUCCACAUGUCAUGCAAGCCAAGCCAUGGCUUAACACAGUUACGCAGACUGUGCAAGAAGAGCUUUGAUCCUCUCUGAUUCUGUUCUUGCUGCUAUGCUGAGUGAAUCCAUCAUUUGGCUUAGUGUGUGGUCCGAUUUGACUCUCUCCUGGCUAACCACAAGCUGUAACCAUGGUGUACCCUAUGGUUUACAGCUUAUGGUUUGUCCAGGGGUGCUUAGCUGGGCAAAGCCCAUCAGCAACGUGACCAGGCAGGCAGGCACACAAAGGUUCGCAGAACCGGCAUGCUCACACGCUUGUGCUAAGCCAUGUUUUGGAUUACCAUGCUAAGUCAAUUGGGCCUUUGUAACUGCUUGAGGUGAGGUGCAGCUUCAGGCCAAAGACUCAACAGAUCUCUGUGCAACUAGUGGAGUAAUCAAGGGGGAGCCUCCCUGGUUGCCUCAAGUGGGGGUUGUGGAUAGUGAGCAGUGGAAGGAGGAAGAAGAUGGCAUGCUUUCCCCACUGCUUCCAUAAGAGUUCUGGGUGUAGUCCCUAGGGAGUGAGACCUGCCACAAAUGCUCAAGUGGAUUGUGCAGUUUACUUCUAUAUCAGUGUCGCAACCUCCACAAAUGAUGGUAGAACUAGGGUUGCCAUAUUUCAAAAAAUAAAAACCAGGACACCCCAAAACUUGAGUGUUGGUUUUUUUUUUUAUAAAACCCCCGAGAUUUUUCAAUUGACUUACAUAAGAUCCAGCAGGGCAAAGCACUACCUUUAGGAAAUACACCCCCCCCCCAAGACAUUAAUUCCACCUUUGAAAUCCUGGUGAUGUCCAGGAAGACCUGGAUGUAUGUAUGGCAGCCCUAGGUAGAACACAUGCUUUGCAUGCAGGAAGCCUUGGAUCAACUCCCGGCACCUCUAGUUUUUUAAAAACUGCUUUAAGGCUUUGGAGAGGCACUUCGUUGGGUGGGCAGACUUCAAGCUUCCAUGAUCUAUUUUGUUUUAUUUGAACCCCCCAAGAUUCAGCACCUGCACUAAGUGGAAGAAUAGUGGCUUUAAGAGCUGGAUGCACUUGUAUGAACAGGGUGCCUUUUACUCACUGCACAUUGCAGUAAUUUGAUUUUAGUAACAAUAGUGAGCCUCUGGGUCUUGUGACUCACAAACUCCAAGUGUUCUUGAAUUCAAUGGUCUAAUUAGUAGUGAUGCAGCCUUUUGCAUUUGUUGCCAUUGCUAAAGGAUUGAGAAGCAAACGCUUGCCAAACCGGCCAGAGAUCUACUUCCUGGCCUAGACAGACUAAUGGUCAGCCUUGGUAUGAGGCAGAAUUGGGGGAGCAUGUGAUCCUCCACAAGCUGCUCCUCCAACGAUGCCAAGUGCCUUUCUGUAUUUUGAUCCUGGACAGUGGCCUUUCAUGUUGGUUCUAGAGCAUCAAGCGAAGCAUGGCGAGGGACGCCAGUACCUUCCUUGCUAAAGGGGGGGGAACCACUGCAGUGUCCCAUUUUUUGAAUGUGGGGGCCUCACUUUCACUGACGCCCAAAUGCUGUGCUUCAGCAGGGGCCAGCAUCUGGCUGUGGGGCUGCUGCUGAGUUAACGGCUGCAAAAGAACCCUUCCUCUUUCUGAAGAGGAAGUUUCCUACAUCAGCCUUUGCCAACAUGGUACCCUUUGGAUAUUUUGGCUGACAACUUUGGAUAUUUUGGAGCUGAUAGUAGAUCUAGGCUCAAAGAUCUACUGAACACCUGCUUGGUGAAGGCUGUUUGAAAUAGUGAUGAAGCAAUAUUGUAGCCAGGAAGCAUUGCUUCUUUCAAAGACACCCCCCCCCCCAUUUAUUUAUUUUUUUUGCCUGAUCUGGUAAAAAGAUUGUAUGCUCGUCUCCCUUUUUCUCUGUACUUGUUUUUGUGUCUUGACAAUAAACACAGAUGCUGAAGUCUCUUUA